AUGGCAAUAAUUGGUAGCGCUGCGAAAGAAUGUGCAAGCUCCUGCGGAAUUCAAGAUGUGCACUAUCCCUUUGGAUUGCAAUUUGGAUGCGGAGAUCCCUCUCACUUGCUCAAGUGCACUGGCAACGCUCUCGUGCUAACUCUCAACAAUGGCGCUGAUUAUCCCCUCACCAUUCUCUACCCCGAUAGAAAGCUCGAGAUAAGGAGCCCCAUCUCCAUCAGAAAUCUCCUCCCGGGCAUCUAUUUCAACAAUUUCUCAGAGUCGUGCAGCCCAAACUUCGUUCCGGAUCGCCGGUGCACAACAGAGGUGUCUUGGUACGUAGAUUCUAGGCGUGCAUUCAAGUGUGCGGAGUGUGUGAAGUCGGGAGGGACUUGCGGCUACACGGGCUACAAUUCAACUUUCUUUCUAUGCAUCACAGAUGAUGAAGCUUCUGCUGUAUGCUCCUUGCUGAUCUUCGGCUGCUGCUGUACGUACGUCUACAGGUUCAGACUGCACGAAAACCGACAGCAACGCUCCCAUCUCGCACAAAGGCUGAACGAUUUCGAGGCAAGGCACAUUUACUCCUACAAGGACUUGCACGUUGCAACCCAAGGGUUCAACGAGGAGUUCAAGCUGGGAAGCGGUGGAUUCGGCACGGUUUACAAGGGCAUCUUGCAAGACGGCACCGUGGUUGCCAUCAAACGCAGCAAAAGCUCCGCCAACUUUGGAGUCAUGGACGAGCAGUUCCUCAACGAGAUCACCAUUCUCUCCCAGGUGAACCAUAGGAACCUGGUAAAGCUCAAAGGCUGGUGCAUGGAUACUCGCCGAAACGCCCCUCCACUGCUCGUGUACGAAUACGUCACCAAUGGAACGCUGCUGGAACACUUGCAGUGCAAGCGAGGGGUGGUUCCUCUCGGCUGGGAGCAGCGCCUGCAGAUUGCUAUCGAGACCGCGGAGGCGCUGGCGUACCUCCACUCGGUGGCGGCACCGCCGAUCUACCACCGCGACGUGAAAUCGUCCAACAUUCUCCUGGAUGAUAGCCUGAGUGCCAAGGUCGCCGACUUUGCCGCCACCACGCACGUCUCCACGCUCCGGAUCCAAGGCACUCCAGGCUACUGCGAUCCGGAGCUCAUGACCACUUUCAGGCUCACGGACAAGAGCGACGUCUACAGCUUUGGAGUGGUGCUGCUGGAGCUCGUGACGGGGCAAAAGCCGCUGGAUUUUGGGAGGGAAUCGAGCAGGGUGAACUUGGCCUUCUACUCGCUGCCGCUGAUAAGGAUGGAGAUGAUUGAGGAGCUCGUGGAUCCCAAGAUGGGAGUGGUGAGCGCGGUGGAGCGCUGCAGCGUCGCGAGGGUGGCCGCCUUGGCGGACAAGUGCUUGGCCGAGUGUGGAGCGAAUAGACCCAAGAUGAGAGAAGUGGUGGAAGAGCUCACGAGCAUAAGAGAGGAGAUGAGGAGUUUUUUAGACUCGGGAGAAGUGACCUCGCGAGUAUAA